CGCCCCCCGCCCCUCCCCGCCCCGCAGGCGCGCCCCCGCGUUCCCUGCGCGCCCUCGCGCGCCCCCCGACCUCCCCCGGGCUCAGAACAGUUCUACGCCCGGCGCGCGCGGGAAAAGCCGGCGGUGAAGCCCGAGGGCUGCGCGCGCGCGGGCCGCAAGCACCCAAGGCUCGCCUCCCCCCCCCUCCUCCUCUUUCCCGCCCGAUCCGCGCUCUCCCCCACCUUCCCAUCCUCCGCGCCGGCGCCCCACGAGGUGACAGCUCAAGGGCCUGUCGCCAGAACGCAUCUCCAGGCCCCCGCCCCCUCGCAAUAUUUGUCACCUGACACGGUCGUAAGCAGGAACCACCGCGUCGCGGCGGCUCCCAGUCCUGCUCGCGCCCCGGUUCCCCUACCCGCCUUCUUUUAUCCCUAGCGCCACUGGCUAAGGCUCUUCCAUCUCUCCAAACCGGAUUAUUUAAAAGAGAAAAAGAAAGGAAAAGCAAGGUCAUCUCCGCGCUGCAUCAGCCAUUCAGGAGGCUGGAUGUUGGUUUUGAAAGAAAUGGCGCUAAGCUCCACUUCUACAUUUGGGAAACGAGCGAAAUUAAAGGAAACCGCUGCCUGCAGCCGAAGCGACAUCUGGACACUGAGUGGCGCUGGCGCCGCGGGAGCAAGCGGGCCGGGCGCCCCACCAGGAUCCUUGGUGGGGAGAACCUGCUUUACACCUGGGCUCCACACCUCAAGGAAGAGAGACACAGGUACACAGUUGGAAGAGCUGUCCCGUGAGAAGCUGAGGCGAGGGGAAGCUAGAGGUAGAAUUGGGAAGGACUUAAAUGAGUGGAUACAAUUACUGACAAUUACUGAAGACUUUGGACAUCACAGAGCUUCUGGCCCAUUCUCCUUGUCAACAGGGGUUCCAGCUCCAUCAGCAACUUCCUCCCAGCUCCAGUUUUCACAUGAUAAUAUGUCUGUUUCACUCACUAGGUUCUGUCUGUUGACCCCUCCCACCCUAGUACUGGGAAGGUUUUUUUUUUUUUUUUUCCUGAUAUUGUCCUCACAACAAAUUGUCGGAAGAGAAGAUAAGGUUUUCUCUAACAGCAACAACUGCAUAGGUGUCUCUGUUUAUGUAUCUCACGCAGGGAGGGGGAAAAAAAAAAACUUGUUCUAAUCUGCCUAUGGAUUCAGAAUCCAACCCCAAACAAAUAAGUAAUUUACUUCACUAUGUAGACGGGGCAUACUUUCAUUCGAGGACUCAAGCUAUGAAAAGAGCAAAGCAGAGGACUUGCGGACAGAGAUUUUCUCAUCCCGAAUCACCUGGGACUGUUUUUAUUUCACUGCUUCUGUUUCUUUGCUGCGUGAGUGCGUGUGAUUUGCUGGGUCAUUUGACCUGAUUUUAGUUCAAACGUGCAGUUGUCAUACCUACAGGGUGUUACAAAGUCAUAUAAAAUACUUUCCUUUUUCAUUGAAGAGAAUUACCUCUGUGUGGGUGAAAUAACAAAUAUGACAAGAAUAACAAAAACCCAUAUUUAUUAUGUGUUUACUGUUUACCAGCACUGUAUUGAGUGCUUUACUUCCAUUACCUCCUUCUAGCCUCACAAUAUCCCUAUUAGGUAAAUUCCAUUAUAAUCCUCACUUUACAGAAAGGGGCACUGUGACUUAAUGGCAUUGCUGACCCACCUCACAGCAGUUCAAGAGCAGAGCUGGGGUUUGAGCACAGGGAGAAUAACUCCAAAACACAAGCUCUCUCUCUCUCUCUCUCUCUCUCUCUCUCUCUCACACACACACACACACACACACACACCAGCCACUGAACAUGGACCCAACGCAAAAUAGCCUUGAGCAGAGGGACCAUGCAUGAGAGUGAAGCUGUAGGGAUAAAGGUGGAGAUAGGCAUGAAUGAGGCUGGUUGGGGUUGGUCAGGAUGGGCUCAGGGGACAAGAUCAGUUUGAAGGAGGCAAAAGAGAUGGAAAAAUAGUGGUAGAGAUGGGGUGGGGGUCACUGAAUAAGGUAAGUAAAGGUAGUGGAGGAGAUUAUUGUCCAAAAAAGAAGUUGGGGACAGUGGGAACAUCUCCAAGCUACAUGUCACUUUAGGAAAAAAUGGUGGUCUAUUGCUUUGCUUUUUAACAGCAAUGUGCUUAACAUACAGACUAACAAGAAGCUACACAACCUACGAUUUUUAGAGGCAUCCAUCUCCCUGAUGAGUUAGAAUUGUUUUACCUGCUGUUUUGAUGUAAGUUUUCUUCUCACUGUACUUUUCUUCUAAACACCUGAGAUUUAUUGAAGGAAAUGAAGCCCAUGUAUGCUUUUGAAUUUGAUGACUAUCAUUUAUUGCCAUAUCUCACUAUAAAUAAUUACUUUUUCCAGUCCUAUUUGAAAUACAUUAGGAAUCUAAUAUAUAAAAGAUAGUAACCAUGAGGGA